AUGCGCCUGCAAAAGCUUGCUUAUACAUCAGUUCGAGAGUUGGGCCACUUCAAAGCGACGAAGGCGCGUCAGUCGUAUCUCUCCCGCAUCACACCACGUUUGACUGCUACACGAAGGUGGCGUCACCAAUACACUACAUCAUGCAUCUACAAUGUCAUAGGUUCUAUCCAAUGA